CAGGUGCCGGGCUAUAUCAGGCGGCGCGGCGGCGGCGCGGCGGCUCCAUGGCGGCGCCGGCCAUGGCCGAGCCGCGCUCCAAGCGGCCCCGGGUGACGCUGCCCGCCUGCCCCGCGCACCGCCCGCUGCCCGCCAGCCGCGUCCGCCACGGCUUCCCGCCCGCCGUGGAGGAGGCGCUCUGCGGCGUCACCGGCGCCCAGCUGGAGCUGCACUACUGCCUGCAGGCGCUGGGUGAAUAUUUUGAUCAGUCACAUGUGGCUCUACCAAAUAUUUCAAAGUUCUUCCUGCAUCAAGCUCUGGAAGAGAGAAAAGCCACGGAGGCGUUGAUGAAGUAUCAGCAAGAAAGAGGAGGCCAUUACUGCUCUAAAACCAUCCAGAAACCAAACUGUGAUUAUGCAGUUGGUCUGAUGAAAGCCCUGGAACUAGCAAUGGUACAAUGGAAAACUAUGCUACGGUAUUUUGAAGAGCUUUAUGCCCUGAGUGUUGAAAAUGCAGACCCUCAUAGCGCAAGCACUAUCAAGAAACAAUUUAUUGGGCCCAAAAUCCGGAAGAUCAAGCUGAUGGGAGAUCUGCUGACCAAUGCUCGCAGGCUUGACUGUUCCCAGGAUGGCAGAAAUAGUCUUGGGGAUUACUUUAUGGACCGGCUGCAGAAAGAGUUCAGGACCAGCAUAGAGCCAGAGUCUAGUGAUCACACUGAUCACUGCAGCCCCUGCCCACCUCUCCAGCAGUGCACAGGAGCUUCAGAAGGUCUGAAGCGACCCCAGAGAGAAUGCUCCCAGCACAGAAAUGGCAUAGGGCCAAUAUAUGCAACCAUACACUGCACCACGAUGCUGCCACAGUGUAAUGAUGGCACAGGAGCAAAGGUGAAGCAGGGCAGGGAGGGCCUUUAGUGCCGAGGCUCCUGCAGCUAAGGGGCAGCUCCUCAGGCAAACUUGUCCCAAGGGUGGAGCUGGGACCAGAACUCAGGAGACACAAUGCUCUGUAAUUCCUGCUGCUUUACACCCCAUCCCCUCAUCCACUGCUGAGUCACAGCUCAAAAUCUAGCCAGUACCACUUUUUGCUUAAAAUGAUAGCAAGAUUUGCCAGCUAGAUUUUUACAUUUAUCCAUGCAAUUCUUCCUAGAAGCCGAAAGUUCUUAAGCUACUUCUCUCUCAAAUGAUUACCAGGAUUAGUUAGUGCAAAUAAUUCUAAGAAUAUAUAUAAUUUUUAUUAAAAUAAAUAAAAAAGAAACUGCUGCACCUUUAGUGCCAAGGAAACUUUUACAUGACAGAAAAUCCAAAUAUUUAGUUUUAUAUUUCUGAAUAUUUUAUAUUACUACUAGCAAGUGUAGUAACAUAAUGAACUUUUUAAAAAGACUUUAAAAAAAAGGUUUUUUGUCUUAUAUUUUUAUCUUAGUAGUAAUUUAAAUAAGUAGUCUAAUGCAUUUAUGAUCAGCUAUUUCAAGUAGUAUAUUUCUUCAGGAUGAAGGGUGCAAACAUUUCCUCAACAGUGGGAAUAAGAAAAUGUGUUGAUUUAUCUAUAGUUAUUGCCUAGUUGUUGGCUUUUCUUGUCCUCAGAAAGCACAUGAGAGAGAAAUUAGGAAUUCUCAUCAGGUGAGAAUUUUAGAGGUUCUAGGGAAUAUUUUGUGUCACCAAAGACAGUAGCUAUAGGACUGUGUCCAGACUUAACACAGGAUAAUUACUUUAGCUAUGAUAUAGAGCCCAAUCUCAACUAGCUCACUAAAGGUAUUACUGUGGCACUCCUGCUAUUUCUUAUAUUCCCUAUUUGGUCCCAAGCAGGGGCAUGAGAUCCUAGUGAAAAAACAGCACACUUAACUAGAAUUGCAUCAGAGAGAAUGGCUACUCAUUAGUUUUGUCUUUCAAUUAGGGCAGUGUUAACCAACUUGGUUCAAGGGCAGAAUUGUCCAAAUUCCUCUCAUUAGUGUCCUACUAGAGUGCCUCAUUCUGUACCCUGGCUCCCAAGGUCACCUAAGAGCAACUGGCCAGAUCAGCUGCCUGCAGUUAGGGAUUUUUUGUCAUAUAUACAUCUUUUAUGCAGUUGGGGCUUGAUUCAUUGGAAGACUGCCUCACACUUUCAUGUAAUACUUUAGCUAAUGCUCCUGUUUUGCUUGAAAAUAAAUUCAGUUCCAUGACUGCAUCUGCAGUGCAUUCCUCAAUUCACCACCACACCUCAAUUCAGGCAUGCUGGUAUUCUUACCCAAGAGAUUUUGCAUAUGUACGCAAAACUGUGCCAAUAUUUUUCUACAUUUAAGGAAGUUGUGCAUGAUGGAAGAGUAUGUGACAGAGUGAAAAUAAAUGCCAGAAAACUGCAUUACUAUAAAAGCACUGCACAAUAAAACAUUUUUCAUAAACUCUGA